CCUUGCGAGGUCAGCCCUGCUGGGAGCGCGUCCGUGCGUGGUGCUGCGCCCGGCUCUGGAGAGAGGCCCGGGCCGCGGAGGAGCUUCUGCCGGGCAGGGCCGGAGGAGCGGGCGGAAGCUAUUUGAUUAACAAAAUGAAUCCUGCAAAGCUGCACUAUUGGAUUCUGGGUUGGGUUUCUAUGGCAUUAUGUUGUUGGUGUACUUCAGAUAAAUUCACUCAAAGUGACAGCCACCCUCAUACCUGGAAGAAGCUGUAUCUUGCUCAUCAUUGGCCAGUGACUGUAUGUAAGAUGACUGCUAAUGAUUGUCAAGACCCUCCAGAGUACUGGACAAUCCAUGGACUGUGGCCUGACAAAACUGAAGAGUGUAAUAGGACGUGGCAUUUCAAUGUCACCGAGAUUAAGGAUCUUAUGGCAGACAUGAGACGUUAUUGGCCUGAUGUGCUUCAUUCGUCUCUGAAUCGCACCCAGUUCUGGAAACAUGAGUGGGAGAAACAUGGCACUUGUGCAGCCACACUUCAGGUCCUUAAUUCUCAGAAGAAAUACUUUGGUAAAGCCUUAGAACUCUACCAGCACGUUGAUCUUAACAGUUGUCUCCUGAAAGCUGGGAUAAAGCCAAGCAGUUCAUAUUACCAGAUGACUGCCAUAAAGGAAGCUCUUACAAGAUUUUAUGGUGUAAUGCCAAAGAUCCAAUGUCUUCCUCCAGAAGAGGGUGAAAAAGCACAAACGAUUGGUCAGAUUGAAUUCUGCUUCACCAAAGAAUUGCAGCUGAGAAACUGCACGGCGCUGAAGGGUGAAUCCGACCCAAUACAGGCUGACUUGAAGCUUGGAACUGAGGAGUUGUCCGUCUGCAGUGAUACUCUCCCAACCUAUUAUCCUUCACAGGUCCAAGAUGACAAAUGAAGCCAUGAGAGUUUGAAAAACUUUUUAAACAGCAACAAAAACCAAACCCUUAAACAUUAUACCUUGGAAAACAGUCUUGACUUAGCAAUAUUACAAAGCCCUGGCCAUAUCACAGGCAUGCUGUGAAGAUUUCUGCUGGAAAACAUGCUUCUUUUGCCGUUAAAGGAGAAUUGUCCACAUUGUAUUAUCAGUUACACAGGCGGAAGUAGUGAAUUGUGGCUCUGAUAUUGAUGGGAUCAGAAUGUGAUUUACAGCUUUGCCUGGACUUUUUGGCUUGCUUAUAGUUUGAAUCAAUGUUCAAAAGAGAACUGUGACUUCUUAGUUUCACUUGCAGUUAUGUCUGCCACUUCAGCCACUUUUGGUUUUUGCUAGUGAGUCAGGGAAAUUAAGUCAUUCUUUGUUUUGAAAGGAUGCUUGUCUCUCUGAGAUGAGAUGACAGUUUCUUGAGAAGAAAAUACUGUAAACAAAAAGAACUGAGACCUGUCUGGAGGUCCUUUCCCAGACGUAAUACCCGCUGCCGUGCGUAAAUUUGCUCUCCAGAAGUGCUGAACAGAGGCCACCUCCUCUGAGGCAUUAAACCUUUCCUUACUCAGAGAUCACGGUGGACCAAAGGUGACAUUAGUGAAUGAAAUAACCUUCACCAAGUUCUGGCACUUCUGCCUAAAGAACCCCAGGAAGACUGUAUUUGUAGCCUUACCUAUUCUUUGAUUGAUUUUGCUACAGUAGCUCCAUACAGUCUUGAAGAACAACCAAUCUUAGAAAUUACUUGCUAGUAUAAAAAAAUGUUAGGCCCUAGAAAUAUGUUAAUAAUUUUUCGUUGUAUUUGAACAUUUAGCAUUACCACACAAUUGUGGGUGCCUGCACUUUUAUUUAAAACUGAGAUUGUCACAUAAUCGCUUUGUUCCAAGAAACAGCUUUUUAUAGGUGAAACAGUAAAUACUACAGGAUUUUCAGUGAAAAGUACAAAUGUUGGCAAUAGUGCAUCUCUAUCCCAUAAUAAUUAAUAACAUACCACAAAGUUGGAUGUUUCCAAAGGGGACCAAAUUUGGAUGACAUCCUCUACACAGUGCCGUGUUGAUGUAAGUGUCUCAAAUUGUCUUUCAAAGAAAGACAAUUAUGGCUCAAGGAACCAUCUGUUAGAAGAAUAUUACUGUGAAAACAUAAAAUGCGGUAUUAGGAACAAAUUUGUUAUGUCUUUUGGGGUUUAGAAACCAUUCACAUUUACUCUCAUUUUUGACUGUCCCUGUUUCUCUACCACCUUUCAUUUAAGGCUUUGUUACCUUGCCAUUCCAGAAUGCUGUCGGUUUUUUAGUCCUUUCUUUAGAAACUCAGAUAUUUAUUUAUUUUAACAGCUAAGAAAUGAGUAUGAUCUGCAUUCUGUUGUAUCUGUAUUUCAGUAGAGCAAGGACUUCUCUUUCAAAAUUUGUCUUCCUUCCCGAGAGGGGGAGUAUACUAAUACUAUAUUAGAUAUAAGUAAUCAGAUCUAGUGUUUUUAUAGUAGCCGUGGCAUGUUCAGUUCAUGUUCAACAUGACCGGAGACACGACCAGAAGAAUCACAAUUCUUCAUUCCCCCAUUUCUGCCAUCUUCUUCUAAGCAAGAAAAAGUAGGGAGACUGAACUAAAAUGCUUGAAAAGACUAGAAUAUACUUGUUUUUUGUGGAAUCUUUUUGCUAUCACUAGUAUUUUUUUUCCUUCUAAUUACAAAAAUUACCUUAGCCUAAAGAAAACAAAUACUUGUCGGGAAAAAUGCAUUUCUCUGCAAAGGAGCAGUCCAAGGCUCAUGUACUUUUUAAAACUCUCUCUCCAACUCUUUCAAAUAGUACUUAGAUGGUGCAUAGGUUUUGGGUGGACUACAUAGAGUGCAAACAACUUGGAAUGAACGUUAAUUUACAAUUCACAUCAUAAGGUUGUUUUUUAAAGAAGCAAGACUCACCUUUUCCUCAAAAUUGUGCUAUUUUUUUAAUGGUUUGGACUUUUUUUGUGCUUUGGUGAAGUCCCUUGUUCUCCUUUUCCUUUCAAAGUUCUCAGAGUGCAGUGCCAUAUCCUUGCUUGUUAAGCUAAUGACCAGCGAGGGAAGUGGAAACAGAGGUUGGUAACUGCCAUCAGACCAUCUCAUGAACAUCUUGCUCAGUGCUCUUCAGUCACCAGUUUGGUUAUGAACAGAGUCCUUAAUUAGAACAAUAGACUUCUCAAAAUCUCACUAUAAAUAUUGCCACCUUGGAUGAGCAGGUGCAGUACAAAAAAAAUCCCGUGAAAUCCACAGCAACAUGCUGUACUGCCAAAUGAGUGAGUGUUGGGUUUGCCUGGUUUUCGGCAGUUGUUUUAAUUUGUUGGUCCUUUUCACAGUUAGAAGAAAAGCUCAAAAUUGGAAGCAAUGAUAGCAUUGGUUCUUGCUUAUGGAAUAUGCUUAAUGGAAGCUCAAAUCAAUAGCCUGAUUUUUUUUUUUUUAAUUGCAGUAUAAAUUAUAUUUUCUUUUAUAAUGCCAAAUAAUGCUUAGAGAGACAAAAUAUACAGUAUGACUUCUCUGCAGUUCAAGUGUAAUGCAUUAAUUUAAGCAAAGUCAACAACUGCAAAUAUGUACUUUACAAGGAAGUGACACAGACACUAACAGACUUCACAGUGUGAGACUCAAAGGUAAAGCUGACUCCUGCCAAAUAGAGAGUUGGCGGAUACCGACAAGAGUCAGAAACAACCAACCUCUGCAGUAGAGUAGAUAGUAUGGCUUCCAUGCGUUUUUCAGCCUCAUUUUGAAAUGCAAGAAAUGUGAAGGAGCUGAUAAGUUUUAAAACUUUGAGGAGAAACUGGUGUAAUCUGAAAGGAGAAAGAGGAAGGGAGGGAGACAGCAAAGCUGGCAGCAUGCUAAACAACAGCCUGCUACUGAGUAAAAAAUGACUGAUGAAUGUUAAGUCAAGGUUGGCUAAAAAUAUCCUCACAGGCUCUGAAGUCCUUUUUAAAGGGACAUACCUGAGGUACUGCAUUUGCCUUCAGAAAACCACACCCACAUUCUUUUUAUUUUGCCAACGUUGUUACACAUUAAAUAUUUUAACUUGCUAUGAUUAAUUUAUUAGUAGUGGCCAUAGAACACUAUAUAUGAUUACCGUUGCUUGGUUUUUGACAAUCCCACUUGCCUAACUUCUAGGAAGAUACAAAUGUCUUUUAAAAGCUACUGACUGAUUUUUAUGCAGGGAAGUGCCAAGACACUAUAAAGUUUUAAGUGAUACAUUUAAGGGAUGCUUUAAGGGCUAUGUCUGGAUGUGGGCAACCAGGAGAGCAGAUGAAUGGAUGGUAGCACCAGUUCGGACCAAAGAUCAUGUCCAGCCCUUUAUGUUCUCUCUAGCAAUGGCUUACAGCCAGUUAUCAGCCUUGGCAAUUGCUUUCCAUCAGAAUGUAUAUAAUGUCAAGAGUCGGAUUAACACAAUUUAAAUACAAGAGGUAAACAAAGGUAUAUUGGGAGCCUUAAAAAUUGCUUCAGUUCUGAAAAGUGUCACUCACUUCCUUAAGCAAAAUAAAAUCUAUCAGCCUUGAAGAUUCAACACAGCCUGGGGAAGAUGGGGGCUAUAUUCUUUUCUGCGUCGUUAAAUAAAUUAACUAAAUCCCA